UCCGAUCUUUGUCCGAACACAGACCAUCAUCACUCAUCUUCCCACAAAACACAAGUCCUCAAAAUCCUAUAGCUCAAUGGAAUCAGAGCCCUUAACCGUAACGACCGUACCGAACCAAGACAAGACCGAAACAGAGUCAUCAGAGUUCGAGAAGAAUCAAGAACGUUACCAAACACUAAUCUCCACGUUCACACACGAGAAAGGGUGGAGACCUAAAGAGCCUUUCAUCGAGUACGGUGGUCACUGGUGGGUACAGCCUCUCCUCGAAGGCUGCCUUCACGCGCAAGAGUUCUUCCAAGCUCGACCCGACGACAUCUUCGUCUGUAGCUACCCAAAGACAGGCACCACUUGGCUCAAAGCCUUGACAUUCGCCAUCGUAAACCGAUCUCGCUUCGACGAUACCUCGAACCCUCUCCUCAAACGCAACCCUCACGAGUUCGUUCCUUACAUCGAGAUAGAUUUCCCUUUCUUCCCUCAAGUCGAUGUUCUUAAAGACAAAGGUAACACUCUGUUCUCAACUCACAUCCCUUACGAGUCAUUACCGGACUCAGUUGUGAAGUCACGUUGUAAGCUGGUUUACAUCUGGAGAGACCCAAAGGACACUUUCAUCUCCUUAUGGACGUUUCUACACAAAGAGAGGUCAGAGCUUGGUCCUGUAAACAACCUCGAGGAGUCUUUUGAUAUGUUCUGUCGAGGUUUGUCUGGUUACGGUCCUUAUCUUGAUCAUGUCUUGGGGUAUUGGAAAGCUUACCAAGAGAAUCCGGAUAAGAUUCUGUUUCUAAAGUACGAGUUCAUGAGAGGUGAUCCUUUGCCGUAUGUGAAGAAGCUAGCUGAGUUUAUGGGGUUUGGAUUCACGGAAGAGGAAGAAGAGAAGGGUGUUGCUGAGAAAGUUGUGGAUCUUUGCAGCUUCGAGACGUUGAAGAAUCUUGAAGCUAACAAAGGGGAGAAAGAGAGGGAAGAUCGUGCUGCUGUUUACGCGAAUAGUGCUUAUUUUAGGAAAGGUAAGGUUGGAGAUUGGUCGAACUAUCUGACUCCGGAGAUGGCUGCUCGUAUUGAUGGGAUCAUGGAAGAGAAGUUCAAGGAUACAGGUUUGCUUGAAUAUGGUCAAUGACAUGCUCUUGAUCAUUAUGUGCUUGUUUGCAGCAGAGGUUUGCUCCUUUUGUCAGUUUGAUUCUAUUAUGUAAUAACAAGUUUUAUAUAUUGGAAGAAAUAAUAAUAAUUCUUGAUUCUGUUUCUAUAAAAGGCAAUGGCUUUGUAGCCAUUCAUCUUUGCUGGAUAUGUCUUUGAUAUUACUGAGUGAGCAACAUUUAAAUA